CCUAGGUUCUAACAAUAUCGUCUACCUAGAGAACGCGGUCCGCCCAGCCUAUCUAAUAUUAGUUCUAGCCUUGAAUGACUGCAGUCAAUGGAAAGCGGCGGUAACAGAGCCUGCAGUUCUCCAGCCCGUUGAGAGACCGUUAAACUGCUCACUUCUCUUAAUAUAUAACAAGCCCCCGUUCGGGAUUACUUUAAAAGCAUGAGGCCUGUCCGAUCUUUUGGCUACUUCCUAGGCUGUGUCUCAGUCUAAUUCUCGCCUUGACAGCCUGGACCACAUCGACCGCCACGCAGCUCCGAGGUAUCCGUUCUCUCCGCUGGUUUCGACGCAAUGAAGGCUUUUAUGGUUUCUGUGGCGCUGGCGCACCUUGCCCAGGCAGCAGUGAUAUGGGAUGGGCGAUUCAACGAGUUCACCUCGUCAACCGACCUGAACAAGUGGUCAUGGGCGAACCAAGUUGGGCCAUACCAAUACUACAUCCACGGCUCUUCCAGCGUGGACAAAUACGUCAAUCUCUCCCCGAACUUCAAAAACCCGGCCGAUACUGUGUCAAAGCAAGGAGCUAAGUUCACACUUGACUCGACGGCAUUUUGGAAUGGUCAGAACAUGCGACGCACAGAACUGAUCCCCCAGACCAAGGCAGCCAUCAACAGCGGCAAAGUGUACUAUCACUUUUCGAUGAUGCGCAAGGACACCAACGCGCCGAGCGUAAAUCGUGAGCACCAGAUCUGCUUCUUCGAGUCGCACUUUGUCGAGAUGAAGUCCGGCUGGAUCUCAGGCGAGUCUGGCACCUCAAACCCAAACCUACAAUUCAUGGUCUCGCAGAACUCGAAGUGGAAAACAGAGUGGAAGGCGAAUGUGUGGUAUAAUAUUGCCUAUGAGAUAGACUUCAGUAGGAAUACAGUCGGCUUCUGGGAGUCGGAGGGCGCCAACCCGCUCAAGCAGGUGGUAGCACCCGUAUCAGCAUCGACUUCUUCCAACGGUGCCGACUGGCAUCUAGGCGUCCUCGAGCUACCGCGCUCUGGAUACUCCGACACUACUGAGGAUUUCUACUUCUCUGGCGUCUAUAUUGAAUCCGGUUCCAUCACUACCACUAUCGGUGGUCCCACUGCGUAAGUAUCGAGCCCGACUGCUCGACGGCCUAGGCAUGAGUCUUGGCUUGAGUGUUCCGCUCAACGAUGCUGGGUGAUAAAUUUGAUUAGGCACGCGAGUUGAAAACGAUGGUGUCAGCUGCAAGUGGUUUUGUAGAGUGCUUAUUUUAAACAUAUUCUAUGGAGUGCAUAUUUGGCGCCCUCAAUAACAUUCCACAGUGGCAGUAUGACACUCAUUCAAUUAUAGUAUCACAAGGCAUGACAAACAGUGACUGUAGAACGUAUUUUGAAACUGAGCAGCAAAGCCGCAUUCACGAUCUUAGGGUUACAGACAGAGAGACUCGCUGUAUAUACCUCUAGCCUAGGCAUAGAGGCUUCUUAGAGACCUUCGUGCACAACAAAUAUCACUACAGUGCCUCAUUCUUGCAGUUCAAACAGUCAGUCGUGGGAAACCAUUACAGGCUUUUGAACCGUCACAUCCCAGCUUGUCCGUCCAUUUCACCAACCAUAGGUUGGUAUUGUUCUCUCCUUCCGUAUCCCGAACGAAUAACUCCUAUAUGGCGAGAACGGACUCGAAAAGUAGACCCCCCAACUCUCAAGAUUCCAUUGCCAUUAGCUAAGCAGAAAGAACAAGCAAUGAACAUGGUAGAAGAGACCCGUUCAGGCUCAGGGAUAGUGACAAUACGAAAAAGGGCGGCUCGUUGUAUGAUGCAGCUGCUCAGCGAUUUGAAAGAAGGC